ACUUGCACGCUCCUGUGCUGCGCCGGCGAUUGGAGAAUGCUUUGUUUAUAAAGGUAACUCGCUAAGUAGCCGACAUGGUGCUGUGUCCUCCCUUCAAGUGGUCGACCACGAGGCGCGGCUUCGACCUCAACCGCACGCCCCCAGCGCCCGAAGCUGCGUUGCCGAGACAAACAAUCAUUUUAAGAGACGACUUCGUAGACAUAGCGUUAAAUGGGGAACCUAGUAAUAGGAAUGGUCAUUUGGAAAAUGGAAGGUUAUCAACGCCUGUCAAAAACAACAGUCUCACAGUUGAUGCUCGGACCUCUGGAAAAAAGACCAGUUAUAUGAGUGUCGAGAGUGGAAAAUCUAGCAGGGAUUCUGACAGUGAGACAUGCGACAGCAGGAGCAGCGCGGGUCGCAAGACUUUGGGGCAAAUUAUCUACGAAGACUCAAGUAAGACUGAAACCCGCCGCAAGCGAAUAGCUCUUCCUCCACCUGUGCAUAUCGAUGUCAACGAUUUACAAUACGACAAAUAUGAAAAGAAUGAGGGAUCUAUUCAACAAAUCCGCAUAGCUUUAAUGGAUAAUGAUUUUCUUAAGAACCUGAUGGAUGAUGACCGGUUGAAAAUGGUGACGGAGGCGAUGAAUUCCCAAGAGUUUCCGGCUGGGAGUCUGAUCAUCCGCGAGGGGGAGAGUGGCAGCCACCUCUACGUAUCUGCUGAAGGCCAGUUUGAAGUGCUUAAAGGAGGCCAGGUGGUCAAGACCUUCGGUGCUGGAGUAGCAUUUGGGGAGCUAGCAAUUUUGUAUAGAGCAAAACGUUUUGCCUCUAUUAGAUGUAUAACUCACGCAACAGUGUGGACGCUGGAGCGGCGGAUAUUUCAGAAGAUCAUGGUGCGUAGCGGUCGUCAGGAGCAGGACGACAAUAUCCGGUUCCUGGCCUCAGUCCCACUGCUGGAGGGCAUCCAUAAAUCUGCACUUGCUAAGAUUUCUGAAUGUCUCAAGAGGGAGUUUUUCUCAGCGGGAACGCCGGUGGUGCGGCAAGGCGACCGCGGGGACAAGUUCUACAUCAUCCGCGGCGGCACGGUUGUGGUGACGAAGCGCUCCGGCGACGACGGGGAGAUCCGCAUCGGGACGCUGCACCGGGGGGACUAUUUCGGGGAGCAGGCGCUGCUGCGCAAAGAUCGCAGGCUCGCCACCGUCACCGCCCAGCCGCCGGGCGUCGAAUGUCUCACACUAGACCGACCACAAUUUACUGACUUGCUCGGAGAUUUGCAAGUGUUGUCGAAAAAAUACCCAGAGCCUCGCCCAUCCCAACAGCGGAAGAAGUCAGAAAUAAAGAGUGAAUUUGAGUAUGUCCAGCUAAAAGACCUAGAGAUUUUGGGCACCCUGGGCGUGGGUGGGUUCGGUCGAGUGGAGCUGGUGCGCUACAAGCCUAACCAUAACCUGACCUUCGCGCUAAAAUGCCUGAAGAAGGUGGACAUGGUGCAGCUGCAGCAGCAGGAGAACGCCUAUAACGAGAAGCACAUCAUGAUGGAUUGCGACAACCCGUUCAUUUGCAAACUGUACCGCACAUUCAAAGACAACAAGUACGUGUACUUCCUGAUGGAGCCGGUGUUGGGCGGCGACGUGUGGACCAUCUUGCAAAAGCGGCGCUUCUUCACGGAGAACGUGGCCAAGUUCAUGAUGGCCUGCGUGGUGGAAGCCUUCCAGUACCUGCACUCCAAGGACAUCAUCUACCGGGACCUCAAGCCUGAGAACCUGAUGAUGGAUCGAAAUGGAUACAUCAAAUUGGUCGACUUUGGAUUUGCGAAGCGCGUUACUCCGAAUAGCAAAACGUGGACGUUUGCCGGAACACCCGAAUAUGUCGCGCCAGAGAUUGUAUUGAACAAGGGCCACGACCGCGCUGUGGACUGCUGGGCACUUGGCGUAUUCGUCCACGAGCUCAUAGUCGGUCGUCCUCCGUUCCGGGCGCCCGGGGGCGACCACAUGAAGACCUACACCCUAAUUUUGCGAGGAAUCGACGCUGUGUCCUUCCACCCCAGAGUGUCCAACUUGACCAAAGCAUUCAUUCGCAAGCUGUGCCGCCCCGUGCCAGCUGAGAGACUCGGUUAUCUCAAAAAUGGCAUGGCUGACAUCAAGAACCAUAAUUGGUUCGGAGGGUUCGACUGGACCGGGUUGCGAGAGAGGCGGCUAAAGGCGCCAUUGGUGCAAUCAGUGGCCAACAACUGGGACUUGUCCAACUUCGAGACCUACCCCAACAAGGACAAGCUGCCGCCGGACGAGACCUCCGGCUGGGACAUCGACUUCUAAGCGCCACUCGGCCCUAACCGGGUUUCUUCGCUAUAGAUUCUGUUAAUAAGUAGAAACUUGUCAACUCGGUCCCAGUAUAAAGGUGUAAACCAACUUUGAAUACUUGGAUGACUGCUUGGCUUAGGGCAAACGAGUUUACAUCGCGUAUUUUUUAUAAGUUAUUUGAUAUUUAUAUUUAGAAAGAACUUAAUAUGACGCAGAAAGAACUUAAUAUGACGCAUUUUGUGUUGGUCUUCCAAUAUUUUUACAAUUUUGCUAUAUUUUAUUAAACUCAGGUUUUGUGUAAGGUAUGAUAAUUUUGACAGUACUUUUAUGUUAUCAGAUAUUAUGUACAUUACACCUUUUCUUUUGACUUGGAAAUAUUUCCUAUGUAAAUAGACGUUUUCAGAUACAAAUAAAGUGAAGCUUUCUUUUUUAUCUAGCGCA